AUGUACCUUCUAACGGUCUCAAAGUCCGAUCUUUUCUGGCUGUCGUACUUGUUGGGUUUCUGUGCAGACCCUACAGCGUAUCUUUACUUUAUUGAAUACACUCUGCGUCAGUUCUGCUGUGCGAAUGAUACUCGGGGGUUUCGUGAAGGCAGCGACAAUGAAGAGGGUUGCCCUUCUGGCGUGGAGUCUCUUCCUGUACUUGAUCAACACACUCUAUCCUAUACUGCUACGGCUACAACAGUCUCGUCGACGUCAGCGGCAGUCACGAACAACGCGAAUACCGAUACUUCUCACUCCAACACUGAGGCAAUUGCGGGUGGUGUGGGUAGUGGUAUAGCUGGCGCCGCUAUCCUGAUUGCGCUGGCUUGGUACUUAUCACGUCGCCGAAAGAAGAAGAACUCCGAAGAUGACCAAUGUAUCCAACGAGCACCGGUCCCUGUAUCGGAGCUGAGUGAUAGAUAG